AUGGGGGACCCAAAGGGCGGCGAGCCCAAGAGCAAGAAGCGCAAGCUCAACAACCAGAAUGUACUCAAGGUCGGCAACAAAGUCAUCUCCCUCGAGGGGUACCUCAAUCCGCCAGCAAAGAAGCCCCCCCCCGCAGCCAGAAACCAACACCCAGCAGUGCCGCAGUUCCUGACCGCCGAGUCCUGGUGCCGCCGCAAGACGGUCAAGGUCGGCCAUGACGGUCGCGAGGCUGCCGUCGGCGGUGUCGUCGCCAUCACACAGCCGCGGCGUGUCGCUGCCACGACGCUGGCUCAUCGUGUUGCCAGGGAGGCUGGCACGCCGCUGCGGCCUGGGGCGGAGGGCAUGGUCGGUUACUCGGUGCGGUUCGAUCACAACGUACCCAAGGGGACCAAGAUCAAGUUCGUGACGGAGGGCAUGUUGCUGCAGGAGCUGCUGCAUGAUCCUCACCUUCGCCAGUACAGCGCCAUUGUUGUCGAUGAAAUCCACGAGAGGAGCGUGGAUGUCGAUCUGCUGUCAGGAUUCCUGAAACAGAUCCUCUCAGGAGACGUGUCGGGCCGUGGCGGCAUCCCGUUGAAGGUUGUCAUCAUGAGUGCUACGGCUGACGUUGAGAGGAUACAACGCUUUUUCUCAGAGGCAGCACCUGUCCUCGAGGGCGAGGAGGCGCCGGUGCCUUCGGCCAGCAAGGCAAUUUCUGUUGGCGAGAUGCGCAUCCCUGGACGACAGUUUCCGGUACAGACCAUUCAUCUGCCUAGGGCGAUCCCAGACAUUCAGGAUUCUCUUCUCAAGUCCAUCUUCAGGAUACACACGGAAGAACCUCUUCCUGGUGACAUUCUGGCCUUCCUCACAGGCCAGGAAGAGAUUGAGGCGGCACAGGGCCUCAUCGAGGAGUAUGCCGCUACUCUCGCUUCGAAUUUACCCAAGAUUCGCGUGUUCCCUCUCUUCGGCCAAUUGUCAAUCGAAGCGCAGCACGAAGCAUUCAAGCCCAUCAAGGGCGGGUUUACGCGAAAGGUUGUCCUUGCGACCAACAUUGCCGAGACGUCCGUCACCGUUCCCGGUGUCAGGUAUGUCGUGGACUGCGGCAAAGCCAAGGUCAAACAGUACCGCAGCCGCCUCGGCAUGGAGUCUCUACUCGCGAAGCCAAUAUCAAAGUCAUCCGCCAUCCAACGAACCGGUCGUGCCGGCCGUGAAGGCCCCGGAAAAUGCUACCGUCUAUAUCCUGAGGAUGCCUUCAACUCGCUCGAGGAUACGGACCUCCCUGAAAUCCUUCGCAUUGAUGUUCUCGGCGCCGUUCUCACGAUGAAGGCCCGUGGCAUCGACGACGUUUUGUCCUUUCCCCUCAUGGAUGCUCCCGCCAUUGACUCAAUCGAAAAGGCCCUCAUCCACCUCCACGGCCUCGGCGCCCUCGCAGACGACGGAUCCAUCACCUCCGCUGGCCGCAAGAUGGCGGCGUUCCCCGUCUCGGCCCCUCUUGGCACCGUCCUCCUGGCGGCCGCCAAGCCGCAAUUCGACUGCCUCCUCGACGUCAUUGACGUCAUCGCCGCCCUCACCUCGGGCGACGACAUUUUCAUGCAGCUCCAGUCGGAGAACGAGCGCGACGAGGCCGAAGAGCUGCGCAAAGAGCUCUACCGCCGCGAGGGCGACAUACUGACGUACCUGACAACGAUGCAGCUCUACGCGGCCGAGAACGCCGACCGCACCCUCUGGUGCAAGAAGCGCCGCGUCAACCUGCGCAACAUGAAGACGGCCAUGAACAUCCGCCGGCAGCUGCGAGCCCUCUGCCUCAAGGAGAACCUCUUGGCCGAGGCGCCGCCGCCGGACCCGCAGCCCUUUGUGCCGCUGGCGCCCGAGCGGGCCGAGUCCCUCCUCAAGUGCUUCCUGCGCGGCUUCGUGUCCAAGACGGCCGUGUUGGCGCCGGAUGCGAGCUACGUCACGUCGCAGGGCAAGCACGUUGUCGCCAUCCACCCAGCGAGCGUGCUGCACGGGCAGAAGAGGGAGGCCAUCAUGUUCCUGGAGCAUGUGUACACGCAGAAGAAUUACGCGAAGAAGGUCAGCGUCAUACAGGCGAACUGGAUCAUCGAGGCGCUGCAGGGCGAGGCUUGA